AUGGAGGACGGUGUAACGGGAACUGUGCAUUCUCUGGAUAAAAAAAUCUCCGAAGAUGAUCAAAAUUCGCGGUCUAAUGCUGCAUCUGGCUUGUCGAAAGAGAAUGAUGCUACGGAAGUGGAUAGAAAAGCAGAGGAGGCAUCUUUUCCAUCCGGCGAAAAUGAUGCAACAGAUGAUCAACCAUUAGGAUGGGAUGCCGGAACGGAAAGAGUCAAAGGGAUGGGGUGGGGUGAACUUCCGCCUGCUGGUAAUGAAGGGAAUGUAAGCUGUGAUAAUGGUGUGGAUAAUUGGGAACGUACCACUGAUCAAGCCAACAACAAGAUGGCAGAACAGUCAAACUCAUCACGGCAAAAAGCGGGACGAAAAGGUACUGGAAGGAGGGCAAAAUAUACGGAUGUUACAGAUCAGUUAGGAUUUGUAAGUCCAAAAGAAAGGGAUUUGUAUGAUACAGUGCUGGUGGCAGAAAAUUCUUUUCGAUCAAAGGCACGUCAGCACUGCGAUGACCUUUCUCUGCUGUUCUCGUCAGCUGGUGUUGGGUACUGCAGUGCUCUCUCUUGUGGUCAGACUUCUGUAUUUGCGGUGAGCGAAAACUACUGCUCCUCUAACAGUCUGGCUCACUGUGCCAACAACGAUAUGCAUAAUGUCAAUUAG